GACACGACGGCUCUCCCCAGACUAAUGCAACACUGUUAGUUAGUUAAAAGAGUGGGGACUGUUCGCCUAAAGACCGAAAACAUUCACGAGGACUCCUUUACGCACCGGCGGAGACAAUAGCGGAUUCCAACGUAUGCAUGUCGCUAUAACGGUAUAGCUGGUUGUAUAGACGAACGCUGCUACCCCACUGGUGGAAAUCAAAGGCUGUACAUGGCGGUGGAGAGCACUAUUUGGCUGUUCUGUUUUCUUUCGCUGUUUUGUGGUCCAUCCAAGCAAGAAAAGCCUAAUUCUGUGGAGCUGAGCUGCGGGGCCGGGCCCAGCCAUGUAGUUUUAGAGCCAGGUUUGCCCCUCCUGCUGGACUGCAACCUUGGGGCCAGCGACACACCUUUCAAUGUCACAUGGCUUCAGGAUGGCAAGCCUCUGCCUACAGAAGGGGGGGACGCUCUGCAGUAUUUGGCUAACGGAUCUCUCUUGCUGCUGCCAACCUCUGAGGAUGGCCUGCCGACCCGGGGUGUGGAGGGGGGCUACAGCUGUGUGAGCGCCAAUGCCCUUGGAGCCCUGACCAGCAGGACUAUAAAUGUUCUCCUAGCAACUCUGUCCAAGUUCCAUCAGGAGCCUUCACCACAAACAGUGCCCACUGGGGGAGCUGCCCGCUUCAAAUGUCAGAUUGAGGGAGUACCUACUCCCGUUAUCACCUGGGAAAAAGACAACCAUGACAUCCCUGAAGACACAAGGUUAAUUUCCCUUCCUAAUGGGGUGCUUCAGAUUCUGGAGGUGACCAAGGAAGAUGAGGGUGCCUACCGCUGCGUUGCGUCCAACUCUGCCAGGAAGCAAAUCAGUCAUGAAGCCAGUCUCACAGUCACCACAGGCUCUUUUGAAGCCCUGAAUAGAGUUACGAUUGUUGCACCUCCUCAGAAUGCUUCAGUUGUACUCGGCCGCCCCGCUGUGAUGGAGUGCAUGGCACAAGGCCAGCCGAAGCCCAUGGUGUCUUGGAGCAGACAAGAUGGAAAGCCCAUUUCCACUGAUGUGGUUGUCCUUGCAACGAAUCUGGUUAUUAGAGACACAAGAAGCCACCAUACCGGCAUCUAUGUCUGCAGGGCCAACAAGCCAAUGACUAGAGAGUUUGUCAUUGCUGCUGCUGAGCUGCAUGUGCCUGCCCCCCCAGUCAUUCUUCAGCCCCCAGAGACGGCCUCCCUGUCCCGGGGAAACACAGCCAGGUUUGUGUGCAACAGCUCUGGGGAGCCUCCUCCUGUGCUCCACUGGCUGAAGGAUGGCCAGCCCAUCAAGCCAUUCAGACGGGUGAAGAGCCAGAGCCCUGGAGUUUUGCUCAUAAACCAGCUGGCACUGGAGGAUGCUGGGUACUACCAGUGCAUAGCAGACAACGGGCUGGGCACGGCCUGUGCCACUGCCAAGCUCACAGUGAUUGUGAGGGAAGGUCUGCCUAGCCCUCCUCAGCACCUGUCAGCCACGCCCUUCUCUAGCACUAGUGCCCUGCUCACCUGGGAGAAACCUGAGUACAACUCAGACCAAAUCAUUGGCUACUCAGUGCACUGCCAACUUGCCUCAGGCUCUGAUAAUGUCGAGUACCAGUUUGCAAUGAACAAUGACACCACAGAAUAUCAUGUCAAAGAGCUUCUCCCGCACACUGCCUACACAUUUUUUGUGGUGGCUUACUCUCCCAUGGGAGCCAGUCGCCCAUCCCUGCCUGUCACUGUGGAGAUGCUGGAGGACGUGCCGAAUGCACCUCCUCAGCUGUCUAUAGCCAGCACCUCUCCCACAGACAUCAGACUCAUGUGGCACCCAUUGUCCUCGCAGCAUAGUCGAGGAGCUGUCACCCGCUACCGCAUUGAGUACAGCACUCUGGAUCAGGUGGACUCUGUGUUCUCAGUGGAAGUGGGGGGUAAUGAGACUCAAUUCACACUCAGAGAGCUUCAGCCCAACCAGGUCUACAGACUGAGGAUUGCAGCUGGAACAGUCGUUGGCUUCGGGGUUCCCUCUGAGUGGGCCCAGCACCAAACAUUAGCCCUCUACAACCACAGCAACCACAGCUUGGUGGUCUUUGCCCCUACUGAGCUUAAAGUCAGAGCCAGAGUGAACACACUCAAUGUGACAUGGCACCCCUCACCCAAUCACACAUUGGUGUCUGGGUACAAGCUGUCCUGUCGCGAGAUGGAGGCUGAAGAUUCGACCAAUGGAGAAAGAACAACACAGACCCACACCAUCAGGCUCCGGAAGAAGGCCAGGUAUCAUCUCCUCACUGGGCUGGUCCCUGACCGGCAGUACGAGGUGAAGGUUUGGGCUUUCAACAAACAGAUAGAAGGAGCAGCUGCCGUGUAAGGAAGGACAGACAAGGCUCCAGGACCAACAGCACUGCCCAUGCGCCCCCCUCCACUGCCCCCAAGCAGCAUCAGAGCCACAGCCAACAGCUCCACUUCCAUCUGGCUGUGUUGGGAGAAGCCACGGUUCAGCAACGUACGCAUCAUCAACUACACAGUGCGCUGCAGCCCUGCAGGGACCACCAACGCCUCGCUGGUCUCCUAUCACACCAGCUCUGCUCAGGAGAUACUGCUUGGGGCACUGAAGCCCUUCACCCGCUAUGAGUUGGCGGUGCAGUCCAAUGGGGUGGGUGUGGUGGGACCCUUCAGCGGCACAGUGGAAGAGUCUACUCUGCCUGACCGGCCCUCAACACCUCCAGAGGAGCUGCAGCUGAGUGCGCUGGACUCAUCCUCUGUGCUGGUUAGCUGGCGCCCUCCACUGGAACCUAAUGGUAUCAUUGUCAGCUAUAAAAUCCUUUACAGCGGCAACCUCAGCCAACCGGAGCACAUGUGGGAAAACCUCUUUCAGGAUGGGAAAAUCACCAGUGUGGAGGUCGAGGGUUUGUCCAGUGAUACCCGUUACUUUUUCAAGUUGGGGGCAUCUACAGAAGUUGGGGCAGGGCCUUAUUCCCCUGUAAAGGAUGUUCACAUGCCCCAUCAGCAAUAUGAGCUGGACAUCCAUGCGGUGACAGGCAUUAUAGUUGGUGUUUGUUUGGGACUGAUUUGCAUCCUCCUCUGCAUGUGUUUUAGCUUUCGUAAUGGCAAAUCUAGGGAGGUGUCGGGGGGCCUGGACUCCACAGCUGUGACCCCAAAGUACAGGAGAGGAGGCAGCCCUGUUCCUUCCACCGUGCCGGAGUGCAGCGAUAGCCAUGAGCUGGAGACACUGAUGCCCCUUGGCAGCCAAGAGUCUGGUCAGCCGUUAGAGGAGGCCCCAGAGGAUCAAAGCCUGAUGGCAAGUGCUAAUUCAGGGGAGGGGGAGGGUGGCCCUGCAGCUGAACCCAAGGCUGCUUGGAAUGGCUCUGUGAGCCAUAACUGGGCCAACAGAAUCACAAGAUACAGAGAAACCAUAACAGAAGACUCUCCAGCACUCAUUAAUGGAGCUCUCAACAAGCAAAUUAGUGAUAACAACACGGACUGCGGCGAUCGUCUGUGUUCUUCCAUGUGCAGUAACAAGGUGGAGGCAGAAGUCAUAGUUCACUCAGAGCUGUCAGACCCAGAGAGAGCGAAAGAGGAGGAGGGCAGCCAAAGUGAGACAGAUACUAAUGCCACGAGGGGACACUCAUUAUCAGAGGACACGUAUUACCCUUUGAGCCCGCCAAGUCCACCAGGAGAGGAGGAAACAGUAGAAAAACUAUCAAUGGCCCAAACCCCGUUGAGUCUUCCCUCGAUAAAGUUAGUGGCCAAUCACAACGGAGAGCUAGAAGGCAUGGGGGACCAGCUAGACAAAGAGCCACAGCAGAGCACGGGGCUUACCAAUGGCUUCCACUCCCCAAAGACAGUGCGUUGUGUGCUGAGGUCAGAGCAACUGGGGAACGGGGACUCAAGACACUGCCCAUCAGCACCCGGGAAGGCCAUUUCAGCAGGGCUGUCCCCUGCCCCCUUUGUCAGCUCCGGCCUUGUCCACUCUACCUCAGCAGCUCACAGUUAUUUGUGCCCGUAGCCUCUGCAUGUAGGGUAUGGACCCUUACACAAACACACAGACACCAGACUGAUUUUCUUUCUUUGAUGUACCAGGAAGAAUCCCCUUGGAUUAUUUUUAUGCACCUCAUCAUUGGAUUCCUUUCUCUCACUUGCAAUGGUAUUAUAGGAACUUUGAAUCCAUUGUUUCAUAUGUGUGUAUGUACAGUUUACAUAUACAGUAUCAUUUUAGUGAUAGAGUACUGUAUAUGGGUAUGCUUUCUCUUGCAUUGCAACCAUAGUUUUCCUCUGGGUAUCUUUCCUGUCCGUAGGAGAGAAACAAAAGAUUUAACUAAACCAAGCAGAUGGAAGAGGAUUGAAAGAAGCUAUCCCGACUGUGUCGCACAUGGCUCCGGUCCCCUCAGGAAUGAGAAAACCUGGAAUGUUCUGCUAGUGAGUGAGACAGGCUGCCAUCUUGGAUGGGAGGGAUCCAGAGCACAGGCGUUUCCUUGGGUUUCGAUGUGUGGAUGCUACUUUAAAGAGUGACACAGAAGUAUAAGCCUUAAAGAAUACCUGCGCACUCUGACAGUGCUGCACACCUGUGUCUCUAUCCAGCCACCUGCUGUCUCAGGGUCCACACGCAUGCAUAC